AUGUGGAAGUGGACUUCACAAGCGUAUAAUCUAACAGCUAUAAUACUUCUGAUAAUCGCUGGAAUUCUUCUUCUUAUUUUAUGUGUUCUUAGCAUAUUAUUCUGUCGUCGAAGAAGAUCUUCGUGGGGAGGUGACUCAUCCGUUUUGGCAGCGCCUUGGAAUGAAAGUUCUUGUUACAACGAAGCAUUCGAUUAUGCGGAUGAGACUAGCCCUUGGCGAAUAGAACAGCGCAGAUGUGCGCGAGAAAAAGAAGUUAGUAGUGAUGGAACAGCAAAAAUUGAUCUCAACUUACAAAGACUGGAUCCAUCUGUAGGCGCUGCACUAGCUGUGGAACAGUUAUUAAGAGAUAGUUAUGUGUUUGAUACACGGCUCAUGCCAAAGCCAGAAGCUGACGUUCGUAUAAUCGCAGCGAAAAGAGAUUACUUAUGA